AUGACUCAAAGCCCAUCUCCCUCCAGUCAGACGGACACUAUGGUGUCCAUUCGACUGGAUGGCCUCAUCGGCAUCCUGCAGAGUCUUUGUCUCGAUGACAGGACAGCAAUAUCAGCUGCGUUGCAGGCCGGCACCAGUCCAAAUGUUACCGAAGGGCCUGUUGCCAGUCUUACAGGUCCUUUGGACAGUGAAGAUUCCACAUCUGCUCCAGAUGAUUUCCCUGCCAUUGUUUCAGCUCAUUCCCCAAUUUCUACUGCUGUGGCUCCUGCCCCCGCCCCAGCCAUAGGACAUGUGCAUGAGCCUGUCAUCAUCCUCAUGCUUAAUGAUGGGGAAGACUCAUCUGACAAUGAGGAUGCUGCUAAUGCAGCUAUGUCCCUCACUGAUAAUUCCACCCUUCAGUAUCACAACGGCACAUACUUCAAUGUGCCCAUUGAUGGGGUCUUCUCAGGAUGGGAUGCUACUGGCCCCAAGGUGCUUGGGGUUUCACGUGCCAUAUAUCACAAGGCAGAAUCUCUUGAGUUUGGUAUUGGGAUUAUGAAGCGCGCCAUAGAAUGUGCUGAAUGGUUCUCGGUGAAGGACCAUGUCACUUUACAAGUCAUCCUGCUUAGCUGUCUUGUUACAAUAUCUGCACAACUAGUUGCUGUUGAUUGA